AGACUGUGGAAACAGGGGGUCAUUGAGACUUGAGUCACAUGGUGAACAUAGAAAAAUCUAGCAAGUGGAUUAGCUGACCACAAUUUCACAAAGAGAUAAUGGGAGCUCUCUGGAACUCCACUUGCUUGUGUUCUUCAUGGCUAGUACCCUCCCAAGUUCAAAAGAAUCCAUUGUUAUUCUCUUCUUUAUUAUUAACCAAGAAAACUGCAAACAAGUCCUUCAAGAUUUCUUGCAAACUUCCUGAAAGUGAAGUUGAACAAUGCCAUGCUACCUCAACAAGUAAUAAGAUGGAGGAAUAUAACUUAGCUAUGAAGAGAAUGAUGAGGAACCCUUAUGAAUAUCAUCAUGAACUUGGAAUGAACUACACAUUGAUAACAGAAAAUCUCAUUGUUGGCUCGCAGCCCCAGAAAAUAGAAGAUAUAGAUCAUUUGAAGAAAGAGGAGAAUGUCGCUUUUAUACUAAACUUGCAGCAGGACAAAGAUAUUGAGUAUUGGGGAAUAGACCUCCACUCUAUCAUUAGAAGAUGUUCAGAGGUUGGAAUUCAUCACAUGAGAAGGCCUGCAAGAGAUUUUGAUCCAGAUUCCUUGAGGGGUGUAUUACCUAAAGCUGUUUCAUCACUGGAGUGGGCGAUUUCACAAGGAAAAGGAAGAGUGUAUGUACAUUGCACUGCUGGAUUAGGAAGGGCCCCUGCUGUUUCAAUUGCUUAUAUGUUCUGGUUCUGUGGAAUGGAUCUAAAUACAGCCUAUGAUAUGCUCAUUUCAAAGAGACCCUGUGGGCCCAACAAAAGGUCAAUACGAGGAGCUACUUAUGAUUUGGCUAAAAAUGAUCAGUGGAAGGAGCCCUUUGAGAAUCUUCCAGAUCAUGCCUUCGCGGAUGUAGCAGAUUGGGAAAGGAAACUGAUUCAAGAUCGUGUUCGGCUCCUUCGUGACAAUUGAGAAUGCUGCAUGGAAGUAUUCCAGAGAGUGAGAAGCUGCCCCUUGAAGAGAAGCCCCAUGAUAGUAUACUGCAAUUUUGGCAUAUGAAUUGGGUGUUGCUGUAACAUAUUAGGUCAGUACAUUCCUUAUAGUUGUAUACCCCUAUAAUAAAGUGAGCCCAUCAACCGACAGUUCAUUACUGGGGAAAACCUUGUUUAUUCAUGUUGUGUAGAACAAUAGCUUGAGGGGAUCUAUGUUCUCUUUUCUGUACAACAACUUACAAUGAGGUGUUCCAUAGAAUCAUAGGUUGAUAGAAAAGAGGCGACUCAUUGGUCCACCUAAACCUUUCACAUAAUUCACAUACAAACCACUUAGAACAACUUUAUUACUAUAAUCUGGAGAAUCUUGAUCUUAUAAGUAACUUUAACUUCCUGCAAGGUUGUCUUUACCUUCUAUAUUUUUCACUUGGCCAGCCUUACCCUUCUGAAUUUUUCACACAGCAACUUUAGUGAGUUGGCUCCACAUUGCUGGGGUAGCAUGACUGAGUUAUUGGUUCCAAACUUUGAUAAAAAAUAAUUUCAGUGGGAGUCUUCCAUCGUUAUGUACUCGAGCACUUCAUUGAUGACCGCUGUCUUGAAUGAUAAUCAAUUUAGAGGGACUAUGUCAUUGCUCAACCGUAAAGUUGAAGACUUUCCAGCUCGUCUAGCAUCUCUUGGAGGGGUGUGGGUCCUUAUAUUGAAGUCGAACAAGUUCCAUGGACUACAAGUGCACCAAACUAACUUUUGCUUUCCCAUGUUGCGGAUUCUCGAUCUUUCUCCUAACAAAUUUAGUAGCUCAUUGCUUGCAAAAGUUAUGAAAGCUGGAGAAUGAUGAAACUAGAUGACAGACAUGAAAAAAAUCUUCAAAUUGUGUAAUCAAAUAGGGUAGUUCCUUCAAAUUGAUUUUCAUUCAAGACAAUAGUCAUCAAUGAAGUGCUCGGCGUACAUAACGGUGGAAGACUCUCACUGAAACUAUUCUUUCUCAAGUCUAGCAGCAAUAGUUCAACUAUGGCUAUCCAAGCAAUGUAGAACUGGAUCGCUGAAUUUGUUGUGUGAUGAAUUCAGAAGGGUAAGACUGCUUAAAUUACAUAAAAAACGUAGACAACUUUGAAGGAAGUUAAAUGUAAUUUCAAUAUACUCUAGAUUAUAGUAAUGAAGUUGUUCUAGGUGGCUUGUAAGUGAAUUAUGCGAAAGGUUUAGGUAAAUCAAUGAGCCCUCUCUUUUCUAUCAACCUAUUGCUCUACUUAACACCUCCUUGUAAGUAAUUCUGUCUUUGUCCACAACAUGCAGUGUACCCCAUAAGAGGAGCAUGCCUGAUAUAGAGGCUAAUAAUGCUUGAAUACUAUGUUUAAUUCAUUUCAGACUUUUAUGAUUAGGAUUGACAAUGGGAUAAGGAAAAAUGGCUUUGCUGGUCCCUGCAUCACCAGCCCACAGUGCCUGCUAUUAAUAAAAUGAAAACCUUGGCACUGA